CCGGAAAAUACCUUUCCUAAAAAAAAAAAAUUUAAAGAAACAAAAAAUCUGGACCACUUACUUCUCGAUUCUUCUUCUUCCUUUCUUCUUCCUUUCAAGAGAGAAACCCUUGCUCUCCCAACUCUCUCCCUACUCUCUCUCUAUUAUCUUCUUCCUUUCCAGAGAAAGGAAAAUCGCCUUACUCGUCGUCCUCAUAAUCGUCGCCCGGGUCUCCCUCAAGCUCUCCCGCCCCUUCUUCUUCAUCGCCGGCGCCGAUGUUGUCGUCAUCCUCGUCGUCGUCUCCUACAUCUUCAUCCGCCGAUGUUGCCCUUGCUACAACAACCGGAGCAAAAUCCUCAGGACCCAGACGGUCUCCGAGAGCCGGGAGCUCCGCAUCGAGUACAGCUUCCUCCGAAAAGUCGCCUGCGUCCUGACCAAGUUCCUGUACCAGGAGAUCGAGGACGCCACCGCCAAUUUCUAGUCCUUCCUCGGCAGGGGAGCUUCCGCUUCGGUCUUCAAGGGCGUCCUCAGCGACGGGACCGCCGUGGCGGUGAAACGAAUCGGGCCGGAAGCCCGAGGCGAGAAGGAGUUCAGAUCUGA